UUGACUGUGGCCAGCAACGCGAUGUUCAGCUCUAGAACCAAGCACAUCGCGCUCCGGUUCUUCUUCCUCAGGGAACUCACGAAGGGGCACCGGAUGACUCUUCACCACCAACCUAGUGCCACGAUAUUGGCGGACAUCGCGACGAAACAUCUCCCGAAGCAGCGAUUCGCCACCAUCAUGCAACUCAUCAAGGACUACAAGUGCUAGAAAAUAUUAAGCACAAGAUCGCAUAUGGUUGAAUGUUUUGGACGCGUGUAUUGCUCACAGGAUGGAUUCAGUCAUGUGGAGGUCGAUAUUCUUUGAUAUGGAUUGGGAAUCGAGGGGUCGCAAGAAUGGCAGCGAAGUGAAGGUUGUUUGGAACAUCGGCUACUUGCCUAAUCGAGGGGUCGUGUCGAGGAAAACUGUUACAACGUAGUCAGGCACAGUUUACCAUAGGUGCGACUGCGGCAACUAGCCUUCCGUAGACAUAAUACAGAAAGAAGAGAUGGUACUCAGCAGAGAACAUGAGCACAGAGUUGUAGCGGAGAUAAUUUGGCAGGCGAGACUGUAGUUGUUUUAUUGUUCCGAACCCCGAAAUUCCGGUACUCGGGCCAUUACUCCGGAGACCCUCGGAACCUGCUGUGUUUUUGCUGCUUGGUUUUUUGUUUUUGUUUUGUUGUUGAGAUGAGACACAAGCGCGCCUUCGCCCCUUGUGCUUACUCUCAUCUAGCACCUAUUCNAAAAAUGGCGGCGAAGUGAAGUUUGGAACAUCGGCUACUUGCCUAAUCGAAGGGUCGUGUCGAGGAAAACUAUUACAACGUAGUCAGGCACAGUUUACCAUAGGUGCGACUGCGGCAACUAGCCUUCCGUAGACAUAACACAGAAAGAAGAGAUGGUACUCAGCAGAGAACAUGAGCACAGAGUUGUAGCGGAGAUAAUUUGGCAGGCGAGACUGUAGUUGUUUUAUUGUUCCGAACCCCGAAAUUCCGGUACUCGGGCCAUUACUCCGGAGACCCUCGGAACCUGCUGUGUUUUUGCUGCUUGUUUCUUGUUUUUGUUUUGUUGUUGAGAUGAGACACAAGCGCGCCUUCGCCCCUUGUGCUUACUCUCAUCUAGCACCUAUUCAAGCCUGACCAGGGAGUCAGUUGAUAAGAACAUCUAUCUGCAUUUCUCUUUCCAAAGCUCGCUCGGGCCUACCGAUCUCACAGCAGUGUAGACCAACCUCUGUGAUAGAGCGGUGACAGCAGUGUAACCUCUGUGGUAGACUACAAAGUCUACGAGCUAGAGCAGCACCGCCACCUCCGCUGCUGCAAGACGCCACAUACUGUGAC